AUGAAGGGGCCAUCCAUCGAGAACCUAGUGUACCUCCGACUUUUCCCCAAAGCAGGCCCCGCCGACCCUCUGUCGUUUCAAGAAUUUGUGACGCGCCACUUGCAACCAGAGGUGCGCGAGGAGUCGGAGGCCUUCUAUGGCCACCUACUAACGGACGAGGCGAAACAUCCCGGCCUCGACUAUACUUCACACAGCCAUCGUCGGCGUCUGCAACGUUUCAAAUGGCACCGACGUCUCUUCAGAGCCUUUAAUGCCCUGUCACUGACGCCGGGCGAAAUACUGCGCCUUGCUACGUGGGAAGGCACGCUCUGGUCGAAACGCUUGUUUGAGACAGAGCAUGGUAUUGUUAUUGAGGACACAACCAAUAUGAGUUUGCCAACAUGGGACGACGAACUUGAGCGAGCUGUUUGGCUGCCUGGCCACGGACCUGAUGUCGGCUCGGUGCCCGAUGACGAUGACAUGGACGACGAGGACGAGGAUGAGGAUCUGCACACGCCUCCAGUCGGAACGAGCCCACCGGCAGAAGUGGAAGAGCUACUGGCCGCAGUGGAGGAAGCGGAAUAUGCUGAGGAGGAGUCCUCGUCUACUGCCCACGAGGGUGAUCAUGGUGACGGUGGUGAUGACGACUUGGACGAUGACGAUGACGAAGAAGCUCUGCUCAGCAUAGGCGAGGACCUGAAUGCGCGCCUUCGCGAAGCUGUGGCCCGUAGGGAGGCAGGAGACAACGUCACCACCAUGGACGAAGACUGGGAAAGGUGGCUCAAGAUGUUCAUCGACUCAGGCCUGUUGAACGACAACAUGUCAGACAACGAGUUUAGUCAAUUCAUCGAAACCACCAUCACGCCUGCCGGGCUGUUCUCACGGGAAAUCAUGGAAGCUGGGCGGCAGAACCGCUGGGACCAGGUCCCGGUAUACUUGCAUAGAUUGCUGAGGAGGGCCCUUCGCUUGGAGCGCACUGGAUACUGGGAGUUCUGGCCUCGCGGCUUGCAUGCCAUUCAGCCUCGACGGUCAUGGUCCCAGCUGUUGCCACAGCGUGCAGAUGGCCCGGCGCCUACUGCGUGA